UGCGCAGGCUGUGGUGGCGUCGUAACGCCUCGGGGAAAGGGAAGCGGACGGCACCGCGAAUUGCUGCCUCUGGUUUUUUAUUUUUCUGCUGACAGGAUUUGGUCACUGGUUCUUCAUCUUUUGUCUGUUGCACGCAUCCAGCCCUCCCCAUUUGCUUUCCCACUCCUUGGAUCCAGCCCUCUGGGCUUUCACGCCAGUUCUCUCACCCCGCCGUGAGCCCCUCCUGGUCCCCGGGCGGGCCUGGCACGGAGGCGGUAACUAUGGAGAAUAUGGCGGAGGAGGAGCUGCUACCCCAGGAGAAGGAGGAGGUGGAGGUGGCCCAGGUCCAGGUCCCGACCCCAGCUCCGGCCCCGGAUUCGGCCCCGGCCCCGGACUCGGCUCCGACUCCGGCCUCGGCUCCAGCCCCAGCCCCUGCCCUGGCCCAGGCUCCGGCCCUGUCCCCGUCCCUAGCCUCUGCCCCUGACGAGGCUGAAAGCAAGAGACACAUCUCAAUUCAAAGGCAGCUUGCUGAUCUAGAGAAAUUAGCUUUCGUAACUGAAGGGGAUUUUGACUCUGCCAGUUCGUUGAACUCAGAUAAUCUUGAUGCAGGAAACAAACAGUCUUGUCCAUUGUGCCCUAAGGAAAAAUUCAGAGCUUGUAAUAGCCAUAAGCUUCGUCGUCACCUUCAAAAUUUACACUGGAAAGUCUCGGUUGAAUUUGAAGGUUACAGGAUGUGCAUCUGUCACUUACCUUGUCGACCAGUGAAACCAAACAUUAUUGGAGAACAGAUAUCCAGUAAAAUGGGCGCCCAUUAUCAUUGUAUCAUUUGUUCAGCAACAAUCACCAGAAGGACCGAUAUGCUGGGACAUGUUAGGCGACAUGUGAAUAAAGGAGAGACGAAAUCCAGGUAUAUUGCUGCUUCUGCUGCUAAACCACCUAAUGAAAUUUUGAAAGAGGCAGACACAGAUGUACAAGUUUGUCCUAACUAUUCUAUACCUCAAAAAACAGAUUCCUAUUUUAAUCCCAAAAUGAAACUAAAUCGACAGCUAAUAUUUUGUACAUUGGCUGCUUUGGCCAAGGAACGAAAACCUUUGGAAUGUCUAGAUGCCUUUGGAGCCACUGGGAUAAUGGGAUUACAAUGGGCAAAACAUCUCGGAAAUGCAGUUAAGGUUACAAUUAAUGACUUGAAUGAGAACUCUGUGACACUGAUUCAGGAAAAUUGCCAUUUAAACAAGUUGAAAGUGGUGGUAGACAGUAAGGAAAAGGAAGAGAGUGAUGAUAUUCUUGAAGAAGGAGAAGAAAAUCUUGGUAACAUUAAGGUGACCAAAAUGGAUGCCAAUGUACUAAUGCAUUUGAGAUCCUUUGAUUUCAUACACCUAGACCCUUUUGGAACAUCGGUGAACUAUCUAGAUUCUGCAUUCAGAAAUAUAAGAAACCUUGGCAUAGUGUCUGUGACUUCUACAGAUAUCAGUUCUUUAUAUGCCAAGGCACAACAUGUUGCCCGGCGUCACUAUGGCUGUAAUAUUGUCCGAACUGAGUAUUACAAGGAACUAGCAGCCAGAAUUGUUGUAGCUGCAGUGGCAAGAGCUGCAGCCCGAUGUAACAAAGGCAUUGAAGUACUGUUUGCAGUGGCUUUAGAACAUUUUGUGUUGGUUGUUGUGCGAGUUUUGAGGGGGCCUACUUCUGCAGAUGAAACAGCCAAGAAGAUUCAGUACCUGAUCCAUUGUCAGUGGUGUGAAGAGAGAAUUUUUCAGAAGGAUGGUAAUAUGGUAGAAGAAAACCCAUAUAGACAGCUGCCCUGUAACUGUCAUGGAAGCAUGCCUGGAAAGACAGCAAUAGAACUUGGACCUCUAUGGUCAAGUUCCCUUUUCAAUACUGGAUUCCUCAAAAGAAUGCUAUUUGAAUCUCUUCACCAUGGUUUAGAUGACAUUCAGACCCUAAUAAAGACAUUAAUCUUUGAAUCAGAGUGUACUCCUCAAAGUCAGUUUUCAGUUCCUACGCCUUCAAAUCUCAAGCAAGAAGAAUGUGGUGUGUUUAUUAAAACUACAGAUGAUACCACACCAGAUAACUACAUUGCACAAGGAAAAAGAAAAGGUAAUGAAACAGUCACAACUUUAGCCAAAAGGCAAAAGACUGAUGUCAGUACUGAACAUCCUCCCUUUUAUUACAACAUCCACAGACACAGCAUUAAAGGAAUGAAUAUGCCAAAGUUGAAAAAGUUUUUGUGCUAUCUUUCUCAAGCAGGCUUUCGAGUGAGCCGAACUCAUUUUGACCCAAUGGGUGUUCGUACAGAUGCACCUCUGAUGCAAUUUAAAUCGAUCCUUUUGAAGUACAGCACCCCUACAUACACGGGAGGACAGUCGGAGGGCCACGUCCAGCCAGCAUCCGAGGAUACAGUGGCUGACAGGGUUGAAAUGUCAAUGAACGACAAAGCAGAAGCAAGCAGUUGCAGAAGAUGGUAAAUGUAGCCAAGAGUUACUACAGAUGUCUGUCUAGAUGGCCUGGUAGUUCUCUAUACCAACUGUAGUUCUUUUUCUAUUCUUUUAAUUCAGUGGUGUAAAAAUAAAAAAAAACAGUGUUUUCAUUCAGAAAAUUAGCAGUUUCUAACUUAGCUAGUUUGGGAGCUGUGCUUUCCAGUUUUUUCUUAUUGUAAAGAAAACUUAAAAUUUUAAUGAAAACAUUUCAUAUGAAGCCAGGUUUAUGACUGAGAUCACCCUACCAUUUAGUAACUCAGAAAACUUUCACUUGCAAAGUGUUUGGAAUUUUAUGUAUGUUAUGGAACCAUCCUUUACUGUUCUUAAUCACAUGUCUACUUAAACUGAUUCAUGUCUUUCUGUUUAAGCACACAAAAUGAAGCCAAAAGCCUUUUACGUAUUACCCUAAAUAGAACAAUGCCCUUUCAUGUCACUAACAUUAUUUCACAAUUACAGAGCUAAAAUGUGUUCCCAAUUUUCAGAAAUCAUACUUCUUUCCACAUUGGUCUUUUAAUUUAUUACUAGCUUUUGAGAGUUUAAAUACUUGUCUGAGAUAGAAAUAAGUUUUUCUUUUAAGUUUAAGGUCAGGUGACUGGAGUCAGAGUAAGAGUUUGUCAAAGUAAAUUGAGACCAUUGUUCUAAUAGUUGUUCAUAAGCACCGAAAUUCUGGAGAGUUUUUGCUGUAAAUUAAAUUGGGUGAUCUCAAGUGCCUCAGUUAAUGCACGUACAAUAUUCAUUUGCUUGUUUGUGCUACCUCUCAGAAGUAAAACUUGCCACCUUAUGAACUUACGAAGUAAGGAUUUUUGGGGGGGUGGUGGGAGACAGAUUUGCUUUGUUUUUGGGUGUGUGUAUGUGCUCAUUUUUUUGUAUAAGUAGCCCAGGCUAACAUGACUAUGAAAAUUAGUAGAAGCUCCAUUAAUAAAUUUUGUUCUUGCUUCA